UCCAGAGCCGAGACCCCAAUAGCAAUCUGUGGGAUGGCUAUGAGGUUGCCAGGCGGAAUUCGCAAUGAUCGGGAUCUGUAUAGAUUCCUAUUGAACAAAGGUGAUGCCCGAUCGAUCAUAGGUGCAAGUCGAUACAACAUUGAAGGGUUCUAUAGUCCUUACGGAAAAGAGGGGACGAUUAACACAAGACAUGGCUAUUUUCUCAACGACUUAGACUUUUCAGAUAUCGAUCUAUCAAUGUUCAGCUUUGGCGAGGCAGAAGGCACCGAACUUGACCCGAACCACAGGCUCCUUCUUGAGGUUGUGCGAGAAGUUUUUGAGAAUGCCGGAGAAGGCGACUGGAGAGGGAAAAAUAUUGGCACUUACGUUGGUCUUUUCACUGAGGAUUGGCAAGAACUAGCACACAGGGAUGACCUCAAGCAUAGCAUUCAUCGCAUCCUUGGUUCGGUUGACUUUGCGUUGCCGAACCGGAUCGCAUACGAGUAUGACCUGAAAGGCCCAAGUAUGGCCAUCAAGACGGCAUGCUCCUCUGCAGGUAUUGCGUUGCACGAAGCUUUAGAGGCUAUCAGGGGGAAAAGAAUUAUAUCUGCCGUAGUAACAGGUUCAAACCUUAUAUUCGCUCCUGGACUUACCAUAAAUAUGACCCUGUUGGGCUCACUGUCGCCAGAAGGUUCCUCAAAGUCAUUCGAUGCUGCUGCCGAUGGUUAUGCCCGGGGUGAGGCAGUUUCAGCCCUCUAUGUCAAGCGCCUCGAUGAAGCUCUCAAAGAUGGCAACCCAAUCCGUGCUGUUAUCCGAUCUUCGGCAAUCAAUGUAGAUGGCAAAACCAACGGCAUAUCUAUGCCAAACGGGGAGGCGCACGAGGAUCUAAUGCGCCAAGCUUACGAUGUUAUCGGACUGGGUAUGUCAAAGACUGCUAUGGUUGAAGCCCAUGGUACCGGCACUAAAGUCGGAGACCCGAUUGAGGCUUCAGCAAUAGGACGAUGUUUUGGAGGAGAAGGUGGAAUCUAUAUGGGCGCGAGCAAGCCAAAUCUAGGACACAGUGAGGCUGCGGCAGCUCUUACUAGUAUCUUUAAGGCAGUAGUGUCUCUUGAAAAUCGCAUCAUUCUUCCGAACAUCAAGUUCAAUGAGCCUAAUCCCAAGAUACCAUGGGACAGCCAUGGGCUUAUAGUACCAAUUGAGCCAACCGUCUGGCCAGUCAACAAAGCUGAGCGUAUCGGUGUAAACUCGUACGGCAUUGGAGGGUCAAACGUCCACUUUGUGAUUGAUUCUGCGGCAUCAUGUGGCAUCAAGAACUCCCACCUCCAUUCUGAGAGCAACAAUGAGCCUCGUAAAUCUUCGAAAAGACUACUUUUGUUCUCGGCAAACCAUGAGAGAUCUUUGGACAACGUAUUUGAGGGCAUUAAAGACUAUCUGAAUCAGCAACCAGGUCGCUUGCAUGAUGUAGCUUAUACUCUGGCAAGAAGAAGAGAGCACUUGGAUUUGCGGACCUUUGCAAUAUAUGAAAGUCCUUCGCAAUCCUUGGAAGCUUCAGUCCGCAUUAGAUUUCGGGGACCUACUCAAGUUGCCUUCAUCUUCACCGGACAGGGUGCACAGUGGGCUUCCAUGGGCCGUCUACUUACCCAAGAGUAUCCAAGCUUCCUGCAAGACAUUCGCUCGUUGAAUGCUAUAAUUCAUAGUCUACCACACUGCCCCACAUGGAAUAUCGAAGACGUUCUAUGCACGGCAGCCAGCGGGAAGCUUCUCCUAGAGGCGCAAUACUCACAGCCCGUGUGCACUGCUUUACAGAUCGCACUCAUAAACCUCUUGGCUACCUGGAACAUCGUUCCCUCCGCGGUAGUUGGACAUUCAAGCGGUGAGCUCGCUGCGGCGUACGCUGCAGGGGCAUUGACUGCGGAUGCCGCAAUCAUCGCCGCAUUCUAUCGCGGUCAUGUGUGUAAAGAAGCCAAGAAAGCAGGAGGUAUGGCUGCUGUCGGUAUGAGCAGAGAGGAUGUUGCACCAUAUCUCCAUUCUGGUGUCUGUAUUGCCUGUGAGAACAGUGGCUCUAGCAUUACGCUCUCAGGGGACUUGGACGCAUUGGAACAGACGAUGCUGAGCAUUAAAGACUCUAAUCCACUUACUUUGGUCAGGAAGUUACAAGUUGACAUGGCAUAUCAUUCCUAUCACAUGGGUCUCUUCGGCCAGGAGUACUAUGAGCUUAUUGCGAAGCACUUGUCACCCACUUCACCUACGGUGCCAUUCUAUUCUAGUGUGAGAGGCACAGUCCUCCGGUCAGCUUCAGACUUUGGGCCCCUAUAUUGGCAGCAAAAUCUAGAGAGCCCUGUCCUUUUCCACUCGGCUAUUAAGUCAUUGCUGGCAGACUCUCCGGAAUGUAGAGUGCACUUGGAAGUUGGACCUCAUCCAGCGCUUUCUGGGCCACUAAGACAGAUUUAUAAGGCAGCCGGCACAGAGAUAAACUAUGUCUCGGUCCUGGAUCGUGGUAAAGACGAUACCAUAUCAUUCCUAACUUCGGUAGGGCUCCUAUAUUGCCAUGGUGUUAAAAUAGGAUAUCCACACGGGCCUGAAAAGGUUGUUCAUGAUCUUCCAAACUAUCCCUGGAACUACGAGAAGAAGUACUGGUCUGAAACCAGAAUACAGAAGAACUGGAGGUUCCGCAAGCAUCUUCCACACGACUUGCUUGGCCUUCGGAUCGUAGAAGGAUGCGAUACAUCACCCAGCUGGAGGAAUAUACUGAAGAUCACGAACGUACCUUGGCUACAUGAUCAUCGCGUUGGCGUUGAUGUCAUAUUUCCGGCGGCGGGCUAUAUUGCGAUUGCUGGAGAGGCCAUAUUUCAGCUCAGUGGGAAAAGGGACUUCACCGUACAAGACAUGGAUAUAAGCAAGGCUCUAGUUCUAUACGCAGAUAAAGCUGUUGAGAUGGUGACAAGCUUUCACACAGAAAAACCUAUCUCGGCUGUGGGUAGUCGCUGGUUCUCUUUCCAGGUCGCCACGUAUGACGGUACUACUUGGAAUGAGCACUGUUCCGGGAGAGUUUGUGGUGGCUGUUCAUCGCCACUCCCACAGAAAGCUCCCUCGAUCCUUGAUCGAAAAGUAUCGUCAUCUCGAUGGUACACUGCAAUGGCACGGGUCGGUCUGAACUAUGCCGGGAAGUUUGCUCGAUUGAAGAAUAUAGCGGCGAGUGUUACAGACCAAGUGGCUUCGGUAGACGUUUUGGAUGAACAGGAAAGGCAUGAAUCAGCCUAUAUGCUCCACCCUUCGACACUUGACCUUGUAUUUCAGUCAUUGACUGUCGCAAAAGCAAAAGGUACAUAUCGAAACUUCGACACAUUGUUCCUCCCUACACACAUUGAAGAGCUGUACGUCGGUGAUGGAGCCAGAAAGUCUAUACGAAUCAAAAGUUCGGCAGCGACGAGAGGUGAUACUUUCACGGGGAAUUCAUAUGGUGUCACUGAUGGUGGUGAUAUUGUCUAUGUCCUGAAGGGCUUUCGAGGCAAGGCUAUGAGGGCCUUGGACUCAAAAGAGCCGCCAGACUUACACACUUUACGGCUUCAAUGGAAGCCACAUCCAGAUUUCCUCCCAGCAGGUGACUUGAUGCAUAUAACAUCCAAUGUGCGGGACUUGAUACAAUCCUGCGAAAGACUGAUGGUCCUUUGUGCUAUCGAAACGAGACAUGCCAUCGCCAGCCUGACCCCAGCUCAACCUCAUCUGGCCAAAUUUCGAUCUUGGAUAAAUGCUCAGUAUGAGCGAUAUCAGAAGCCAGAUUAUCCGUUGGUAGAAGACUCUAUGGCUCUGGUGCAGAUGUCUCCUAGCAGACGUCAACAGGUUAUUGAAGAAAAUUUCCGGCAAUGCGAAGCCGCCGGCGCGUGGGCAUAUUCAAAUGCGAUUUACCGAACAUACAAGAAUGCAGUAAGUGUAUUUGAAGGUAAAACGAGUUUUCUGGACAUUCUUCUCGAGGAUGGUGUCCUCACUGGAAUACACAACUGGUAUAACGAUAUCCGAGAAAUCAAAGAAUAUGUGCAGCUACACGGAAACGCCAAUCCUCAACUCAGAAUUCUUGAAAUUGGUGCUGGCACUGGUGGUAUCACAGCUAAAUUCUUGGAGCAUCUGCGCUCUGAUUAUGGUGAAAGACUAUAUUGGAGAUACACUUUCACUGACAUAUCAUCUGGAUUCUUCAUCGCAGCUAAGGAACGUUUCAAACACUACGAAGGUAUUCAAUAUCAGGUACUCGACAUAUCAAAGGACCCACGCAAACAGGGAUUCGUCGCCGGGGGAUAUGAUAUCAUUGUAGCUUCGAAUGUACUGCAUGCGACACCCUGUCUCCAGGACACUUUGACGAACGUUCGAUCGCUUCUAAAGCCUAACGGUCAGCUUUUCUUGCAAGAGCUUUGCCCUGUGACACAAAUGAUGAGUUAUGUCAUGGGCCCAGUCGCUGGUUGGUGGUUAGCCGAAGAAGAUGGAAGAGUGCAAUCUCCCUUUAUCUCGCCAGAAGAAUGGGACAAACGACUGCGAAGUGCUGGCUUCUCCGGGUGCAAAUCUGUUACUCUUGACUAUGAGCCGCCAUAUGUGUUGAUGGCAAACAGCGUUGCAAAACCAGCAAUCCGUGAACUGGCCCAACACAGACUCACGCUGCUACGACCAACUGUAGAGGUUCCACUUGUGGUUGAGCUCGUAACAUUGCUUCGUAAACGGAACAUUGAAUUCGACAUAUGCAUUCUGGGUGAGACACUGCCAGCAAACCAGGAUAUCAUAUCCCUCAUCGAUCUUGGCGAGAAACCAGUACUGCAGGACGUGAAUGAAGAAGACCUAUCAGAGCUUCUUAAGCUUGUGCAAAAGAUGCAAACGAGGAGCCUCGUAUGGCUCAUGCCUGCUGCGCAAAUCAAUCCAGCAAAUCCAUCUACUGGGAUGAUUCUGGGCUUGAUGAGAACAGCGAGAUCAGAGUUGGCAGCAUCAUUUGCUACCCUCGAAUUGGGAGACGGAGUCGGAGCUGCGCAAGCUGCUGUUCACGUUUUAGAUACCAUUCGUAGAUCGAAAAUCGAAGAUGGAGAAUUGGAUGUGGACAUGGAGUGGAUAUGGUACUCCGGUACUUUGAACGUCGGUCGCUUUCACUGGAUUCCUGUGGAGAAAGAUCUCUGCGACACUGUGGAGAGUCAGCCAGUGAAAGCCUUACAAAUUCGAACCCCGGGUUUCUUGGAAACACUACAAUGGACGAGCCAGGCACUGGAAGAUCCUGCGAAGGAUGAGAUACACAUUAAGGUGUCUAUGGUUGGUCUAAAUCAAAGCGACCUCCAACUUGCUAUGGGUAUCGAUAUCAGUGCAAGGACCAAUAGGUUCUUCGGUGUUGAGGCCGUUGGUUACGUUGUUAAACUUGGAUCCAGUGUUACUGAACUCGCACUUGGCGAUCGUGUUAUGACCGUCGGAGGAGAGUCUACAGGCAUUGCUACUAUCAUUGCUAGGGCGGCAGAAUUGUGUGUAAAGAUUCCACACGGACUCAGUGACGAAGAAGCGGCUACCAUGCCGUUUGCAUAUACAACAGUUCUGCUGUUUCUUGUAGAGAAAUGGAAACUACAAAGAGGGCAGUCAAUUCUAAUUCACGCCGCUACUGAAGGCAUUGGCAUCUGUGCCAUCCAAGUUGCUAGGUGGAUUGGAGCCGACAUAUUUGCGGCCGUUGAUAGUGAAGAGAAAAUAUCCUUCUUGGUUGAGACAUUUAAUCUCCCACGUGGUCGCAUCUUCGAUUUGCGAGACGGCACGUUCCCGGCAGACAUCCUUGAGGCUACUAGCAAUAACGGGGUGGACGUAGUUUUACAUACAUCGCCGAAUGAGCACCUGCAAGACUCCUGGAGAUGUGUUGCUGAAGAUGGCGUAAUGAUUGAUAUUGGAAAACGCGAUACACUGGUAGGGAGAGGGCGACUCCUAUUGACCCCUUUCGAGAGAGACCGGACCUUUAUCGUAGGGGACGCGACUCGACUCAUAACCACCAAUAAGUCCAGGACUGCUCGUCUGCUCCGACUAGCACUGGAUAAAUACGCCACAGGUAGCUUCGGACCGGUGAGACCCAUCACAAAAUUUGAUGCCCAAAACAUUGCGGCUGCGUUUAAGCAUUUCCAGGCAGGGUCUGGCAUAGGCAAAGUUGUCAUUAUGUUUCCGGAUGAACACAGAAUACGGUCAACCCCGAGUGUUCCCACUCCUAGGUUUCGCAAGGAUGCAACAUAUGUACUCGUUGGUGGCCUGGGCGGCUUAGGUAAAGCAAUCGCCAGUUGGAUGGUCGAACAUGGGGCACAGCAUCUGAUGUUCCUUUCCCGCUCUGCCGGUGAGUCGCUAGAGGACCAGGGAUUUCUGCGCGAGUUGGAAGCAAUGAACUGUUCACCCCAAGUCUUCUCCGUCGAUGUUGCAGAUGCUACCGCCAUGAAGCAGGUUAUAGCUCUGGCAGCCAUGCCCAUAGCUGGCGCCAUGCACAUGGCUAUGGUGCUAGCUGAUGCUGGUAUUAUCGAUAUGGAUCUGAGAACGUGGCAAAAGGCAGUGAAUCCAAAAGUGCAAGGCGCAUGGAAUCUGCACAACCUCCUGCCACGAGAACUUGAUUUUUUCAUUUUAUUCUCUUCCCUCGGCGGAAUCCAUGGAUACUAUGGACAGUCGAAUUACUCUGCGGGAAACACCUUCCUUGACUCGUUUUCUCAAUACAGACAAAGUCUUGGACUGCCUGCUUCAGUAAUAAGUAUUGGUCCUAUCGACGACAUAGGAUUUGUCAGUCGUACUGCAUCCGUCAGGGAGAACCUGAGACAGAGCUUUGCAAGCCUCUUGACAGAGAAGCACUUCUUGGACACUCUUCAUCUUGCGAUCUGUCGCUCAUCCAUCACCCAUGGUCCCAGGUCCUGGCCCAACACAAGCCCCUACAGUGGCUUCCAGGCCUUCAAUCAUAUCUUUCAUUCAACUGAGUCUACUACACCAAUCAUGGACAAUGACAACGCAACAUUCUGGAAACGUGAUCCUCGUAUGUCGAUCUAUCGAAAUCUUCAGAGAGUGCCUAUGGCAGAGAACAAGACUAGAAGCAGUCAAUUAGACCGUUUCCUCUCAAUCAUGGCCAAAGACCCAAGCAAGCUUGACGACCGAUCAUCAGCGAAAACAAUUGCUGAAGAGCUCGGAAAAUAUAUCACAAACCUCUUGAUGAGAGGCUCCGAGAUGGAACUAUCCCAGAGCCUCGCUACGGCUAGCAUUGACUCGCUUGUCGCAAUCGAAAUUCGGAAUUGGUGGAAGCGGAAGCUUGGAAUUGAAAUCUCUGUUUUGGAAUUGUUGAGUGGAGGUAGUAUCGAACAGCUCGGUGUCGUAGCUGCACAACGUCUGAAGACUAAAUUUUCUAAGUGACUUGAGCACUGAAGAUCUCAACCGCAUCAUUAAGGAUGUUGGAGAUUUCGCCUUGCUUGUCCCUAUCUUUCAAAUCUAUUGUGUUCUUCAUUAUACAAUAUAUAUCCGUCGA